AAGUUUUAAUUUCGGCUUGAAGUCCCUUCGGCUUGAAGUCCCGUCGGCUUGUUGUCCUAGACCCCUUAAUAGUACGUACCAGUACGACAAAAUUCAAAAUAUCACACACAAGAUGAGGAAAUAGAAAGAAAAGGCAACUUAUAAUAUUUUGAUAUUUUGUGAUAGCAAAAGCGCUCAGCAGCAGGUUUAUUAUUGACUUAUUUCUGUAAAUUUACCAAAAAAAGUUCAGAAACAUAAGCCCACGCAACUCAUACUUACACAGCUUCAAUUUACACAACAGUUUGACAAAUUAUUUUUAAAAGACUAUUUUACGGAUUUGUCUCAGAGUUCAGCGAUACUGGAAUUUUUCGCCAAAUUAGCCGGACGACUUAUCAGCUAUUUAACUAGCAUCGAAGAGUUACCAAAAAGGUAUGGAAUUAUUUUUUACCUAAUGGGAAAUCAAUUAACGAACUAAAACACCAUGAUUUCUGAAUUCAAUAUUGAUUAAUUGUUUAUUGUCGAAGAUAAGAAACCAUGUCACGAGUGAGCUCAACGAGAAGCAGCAGAAUUUUUAUUGCCUUAUGACCUUACUUUGCAAAUUCACCAAUAAUUUAAUAAAAAUAAACAAUUUUCGACAGUUGAUGCUAAUUUCGAAUUAUCUUGACAGCGUUUUUUAAAUAAUUUCUCAGACAGGUUUUAUUGAUACAAUAAAGUACAGCUGAUUUGUUUAUUGUGAAACUUGCUUAGAAUUUACUGUGUCGGUCUUCGUACUUCGAGAAAAAAAGUUGGACCAUGAGUUCAUUGUUAAAUUUGAAUGUAAUACUGCUUAUGUGCUUCUCUGGGUUCUAUCAAAUUGAAAACUUUGAUGACUACAAUUAUGAUUACAAUUACGAUGAUUACAAUGCUCAAGAUUCCAAGAUGCCUCCCAAAACGAACGAAAUGAUAGAACAUAUGCUGCGCACUUUCUGCAAUACUCCUGAAGCACCGGACGCUUUUGACGAGCGAGAGAGGCACCACUUGUAUCCCGAAGCGCUCCUGGAAACAGCGGUGGAACCUAGAUGUCUCCAUAAGUGCCUGGAAACUUCCAAACCGCUGAUGAAAUCUUUCGAAUUGUGUGAAAGGAUGAGCGAUAAGUGCAAAGAUUGCAUGCAGACUUGUCUCUCAGCUAAGCAAAUUAUUGAAUCAAACAUAAACUCAAAGAUACAAAAAAUCAGCUGGAACUGUGAUGAUUUUUGUGGCGUGGAUGGUUCGAAAAGUUGCAAAAACUCUUGCGACUUCAUUGUCGAAAAUUUCCAAAGUAGAUCCGACGUGGAAUGUCCCACUCCAUACGAUGUCAGCAUGUUCGAUUAUUAUCACCGAGACAUAUGCAGGUACAACAGCCUGUGCUACUAUGACACGCACUGUCGCAGACGAACUCAGAAAUGCUGCCCUUCCAGAACCGGAGCAAGAUUCUGCGUAAACGUGCCCGAGGAAGCUCUAGAACUCCGCAGUCAAGAAGCUGCUGCUGCCAACGCUGCGACGGGAGAGUUUGUUAAAAAUGCAACAUCGGAGACGGAAACUGUGGAAGAGACAAAACCUGAUAAUUUCUAUGAGCCCGACUCAUUUUUUGUCAACUUCAAGACCCAUGUUACCCAGAGAGGAAGAAGCUUGGUUAUCCAUUACAAAUACGACCCUAAAGAAUACAAUUUAGCUGCAGAUGUAUUGACCAUUGCUCUGUUAGCUUGGAAAAGUCAUUUGAACUUCACGGAGAAUGCGACUUACAGUUUGAUGGGUUAUGACACAUACCAAGAAGGGCACUUCACCUUGGAGUUGGACCCUGGAUGGCAGUACUUGUUUAAGCUCGGAGCUUACGACUCCAAUGGACUAAUUGGCUCGAAAGCAGACUGUGUGAAAAAUGCAGUUUAUACAGCGGAAGAAGAACUAGAUCUAAAUGUAGUCACAGACAUGCAAGUUGAUUUCAUGGAUUGCAAGAUGCGUUCAAAAAAUCUGCACCAAUGUAAAGUGGCGUUAAGUUGGAAAACUAAUCAAACUGGCAAAUCCCACCCAGUCCAUUUCCAAGUUCACGUCUCUUCGUGUUCCGACUAUCCGGAACAGACUAAGACAGUUUCAGGGAAAAGUGGUGGCCUAAGUGCGACGUUCGAGUUGAAAGUUUGUGAUUCACUCUGGCAUGCAACAGUUAUCACUAAAGCGACUGUAUUUGCAUCAAAUGGAACAGAGAAAAAUUUGGAAGAUGAACCGAGAACAUUUGACUACCGACUCCAGAAUAAUCCCCACUUUUGUCACAAGGGUCCAAAAAUAAGUUCUCUGAGUAUCGGAAACCUUUCACAGACCGUCGUUGGCAGAGAUAUCAAAAGCGUUCAGUUCGCUGUGAAUGUCGAAAAAUUCCAAGAACUAGUGGACAGUAUGUCAUAUGACUGGAUACAUGUUUCAGUGACAUCUUUUUUCUGUACGUGUUUAACUGAUAAGCCGGACCAGAUGUUAUCUUUUUACUUUCCAGUCAAUCACGUCAAUGCAAUCAAAAUGCAAUUGAACAAACGAUGUGCGUAUAUGGUAUCGGUAAAAGCUGUAGAAUCGAAGCAUUUAUCGAGGUGUCAGCAACUGUCAAAGGGCUUGGUGAUUCCGCCCUCGGAGUAUUUCGGAGACCUGCCGACGUCACUGGGCCAAAAAGUCGAAAAAGUUUUCCCAUCGAACAUUAGAAGCGACAUCUUUUUUAACGGAGUUCUUGAAAUUGAGUUCUGGAGUUUGAACCGAUCUAAAGUGAUUCACGAACACCUCUGGCAUCAAAGCAUGGGUGCAAUAACUACUGUUAAAUUCGCGGUUAGAUGUAGCGAAGAAGUUUUCGUUAUGAUAAGACAUGGAAAAGACCAUAAAUCAUUACCGAGUUGUGCAAACAGCGCCUACCGUUUCAACUCAGUUUCGUGGUGUCUAUCAGAUGAAGAUUACUUCAACACUGUCGCUUCGAUGCACAAAUCACGACAACUAUUGAUAGAACCGCUUCUCAGUGUGCAUUGGUUGGCGAUUUUGAGUGCAUUGGUGUUUAUUUACAUAAUCUGAAACGGAGAUUUGAGUUUUCCUGUACCAAGAGAACCUCGGCUGCAUUUCUUCUAAAAGUUACCAAAAACUAAAUCAUGAUUCAAUUUCUCUUAUAAACUUUCAACCUUUCUUGUUUUCUGUCAAAAACUCUUUAUAUAGCAAUAGGAUAUCAAUGAUGCAUUUAUGAUGCUCGAAGCUGCUUUUUUUAUCAUUAUUUUCAUUUUUCUAAUAUUUAUCUUUGUUAUUUAAAAUACGUGCGGGCAUUGUUUUAAUUUAUUU